GGUAUUGUUAUGUGUUCACAUUUUUGGUACACAAUUCAUAACUCAUACCAGUACAUAUAGACGAAUUGGUACGCACAUGCAUACGAAAGCGUGCAACAAUACAUAAACAAAUAACAAAAUGAAAAUGUUUAACAAAUUCCCGUGAGCAUAAAAACAAAAACGAAAACGCAUUUUGGUGAUAGAUUUUCUAUUGUGUGUGUGAGUGUAUGUGUUUUAUUUUAUUUUUUUUUGACAAGUGACGGUGUAAUGAUAAUACAAACUACACUAAAAUUCUCACUCUCUUUAAAUCUCAAUCACAAAUCCACAGAACAGUAAAUUUGUGUCAGUGUCCGUCUGGAUGGUGUGCUUAAAACCAGUAAAUGGAUUUUCAAACAAAAAACACACAUAAAAUUCAAAACAAAUUUCGACGAUCAUUUUUGUGUCCGAGGCAUUGAACGUGUUAGCAAUCAAUACACAUCGAGUUCUUAAGCGCGUUCGAUUGUUUUUCUACUUCAUUUUCUUAUUAUUUUGUUUUAUUGUAUUUUUCAAAUAUUUUUUUUUAUUUUUGUUAAUUGAUUGUUGCUGCCGUUGUCAUUGUUGUUGUUGAAUCGUUGUAUUUUUUGUUGGUUUUGUCUUCGGUUUUAACAUUCGCCAAAGAUCGCCUGAACAGUGCAUGCUAAAUGUUGCAUCUGUCCCUUUUUUUCACAACACAAAUCACUUCUCAACGACGUGCAACGAAAUCGUAAACAGUGUUUCAUUUCAACCAGGGGAAUUGAUCAAACGCGUCGUUCAUUCGAAAUUCUAAAAAUUGCGCCAUGAAUAUUUGUGAUAACAAUUUAUUCGGCAAUGGAUUAUUGUAUGUAACAUUUAACCAAGAUCAAGGGUGUUUUGCAUGCGCAACAGAUAAUGGCUUCCGAAUAUAUAAUGUGGAUCCAUUGAAGGAAAAAGAACGGCACAUAUUUUCGGAAGGUGGUCUUGGUCAUAUUGAGAUGUUGUUUCGUUGCAACUAUUUGGCACUCAUUGGUGGCGGCAUUCGAUCAUUGUAUCCACAAAAUAAAGUGAUCAUUUGGGAUGAUUUUAAUAAAGCACCAACAUUUGCACUUGAUUUCGAUUCACCGGUGAAAGCCGUUCGUUUGCGACGUGAUCGAAUCGUUGUUGUACUUGAGGGUUUGAUCAAAGUAUUCACAUUUACAUCGAAACCACAACAAUUGCAUGUAUUCGAAACGAAUUCGAAUCCGCUUGGCCUAUGUGUACUCUGUCCAAGCAGCAACAAACCAAUUCUAGCCUAUCCAUCCCGCAUGAAUGGUCAUGUGUCGAUAGUGGAUUUAGCCAAAACAGAUCGUACACCGCUUGAAAUAAUUGCACAUGAGUCGGCUGUUACAUGUUUAGCACUCAAUAUUCAAGGCACACGUUUGGCAACAGCCGGUGAACGUGGAACAUUAAUUCGAAUCUUUGAUACAAAUGACGGAACCAAAUUGGCAGAACUACGCCGUGGCACCCAUCAUGCAAGAAUUUAUUGCAUCAACUUUAAUAUGGAGUCAACAAAAAUUUGUGUAUCCAGCGAUCAUGGGACAAUACACAUUUUCAAUAUAGAAGAAACCCGAACAAAAGACCAAGGUCUGCAAAUUUUACCCAAAUACUUUACCAGUCAAUGGUCAUUUUGCAAAUUUUCGGUACCACAAGGAGCGCCUAGCAUUUGCGCAUUCGGUCCGGAUGGAAAUUCUGUAAUCGUGUUGUGCGCAAAUGCAUCCUACUAUAAGUUUAGUUUUAAUUCAAAAGGUGAAUGCACAACAGACGUUUGUACACAAUUUUUAGAGUUGAGCGAUGAGCACACAUAAAUCGCCCUCCACCAUAAAUAUACGAUAAAAUCCGCAUACAUACACACAUUACACGUUCAACCCUCUACUGCUGACCGUCCAAAGACGGGAUUUUAGCAUUAAACUUCUUCUUCAGGUUUUCGAUCCAACACGAAUAAGUUUUUUUUUAUUUUUUUUUUUUUUUCAAUUAUACUCUUACAUAAAUUGAAGCGAAAUAUGAGGAAGUGAAAAAAAAAAAAAAAACUCAUGAAUAUUAAAAAAAUGUGAAAAGUUGAAAAUCGAAUUUUCAUCAUUUUUUUCGUUAUUUGCAUCCCAAAGUAAUAUUACAAUAUAUCGAACAAUCGAGCAGUAGGGGGUUAAAUCAUAUUUUGAAUGACUGACAAUUGGAUGGCGAUAAGCGAUCGAUAACAAUAAACAAUAAUAUAAACACAUGAAUCAGCAAUAGAUAUGUGCACUUUUAACACUUGCUAUUCAUCUUCUUUUUACGAUAAAUAAUUAAUAAUUAUUAUAAUUCACUCCCAAAGUACCAUUUACCUUUGAUCAUGGGUAAUAUUGUUCUAUAUGUUCGCGUUUUUUCUUUCUUUUGAUAAAAAUGUAAGGGAUAAGAUUAUUGUAAACAGAGACAAGCACAAAAAUGCAUAUUAUUUUUGCUGGAUGAGAUCAAAGAAAAAUAUAAAAUGUGAAAAUCGGUAGUGAGAUGAUAAUUGUUGAUAAAAAAAAACACUUUUUAAAACAUUUUGGUAAUUAUUAAAAUAUAUAUUGAUUUGAUCUCUAUCAUUAAUGAUAAGCAUUUUUGUCCGAAUUGAACAAAAUGAAUAUUCUAUGAGAAGAAAUGCGACGAACGAUGAUCGAUUCAUUGAAAAUUAUUAUUGAAAGAAAAAAUGAUAUAUAUAUAUAUAGAGAUAUGAAUUUUUAUCACAAAUUAAUUUAUUGGCUAUAUUUUGCAUAAACGAAACUUUUCAAAUAAAAUAGCAAGCGGAAAUGAUGUUAAAAGUUAAA